AUCGAUGUCUCGUUCAGGCGAGGCUUAUGCGCAGGAGUUGAACCGCAAAAGGGUCGCAAACCAGCGUGCCGCGGCAGCCGAAGACAACGAUGAGAAUAAGGGAAACGGAAAUAAAGUGGCCUUCGGAGCCGCUGGUAAUUUCGACACGGAUGUUUACGGAAGUGUUCGUGGUGAAAAUCGGGAUAGUUACCUAGACUCGAUUGGAACCGGAGAAGAAGAUGACGUCGAUGAGGAUUCGAUGCCGAGUGUACAAAAGAAAAGUACAAAUUAUGCACAGCCACACAAAUUCAUCGAAGAGGUGGCUGCUGCCUCCGAGGACACUGAUCCAUUCGCAGAUACUCGCACAAAAACCAUCGCAGAACGACAAUCCAAGUAUCACGAAAGAGCUAUGAGGAGACAGAUCUCUCCAGACAGAGCGGAUGCUUUUGUUGAUCAAACUCCUGACAAUCGGAAUCGAGGUUACGCAGAAGUUAUGCGUGAUCAGAUGUACCAUGAAGAGAAAGGGCGUGUUGAACGGGAGCUUGCCGAUCGAGCAAAAGCUGGAGAGCUUCAUGUUACUGGACAGCCAGAGAAAAAGAAAGGAAGAUGGGAUGCUGAAGCUCCAUCAACUGAUGCAUCUUCUGAUAAUCUUGGUGCAGCUUCUGCAACUCCAUCUCAGGGUUCUGCUCCACGAAAAAGAUUAGGAUUUUCGAAGAUUAGUGCAGAUGCAGCAACACCAAGAGCUGCUAGAUGGGAUGAAACACCGGCUCACUCGACUGGAGCAGCUGAUGCAACUCCUUCUGUGGAUAAAUGGUCAACGACUCCGGCAGCACAGACCCCGAGAAGAAAUCGUUGGGAUGAAACUCCAAAAGAGAAUCUCAAUGAUGGAUCAAUGACACCGGGAUGGGGAAUGGAGACUCCUGCUAGAGGAGGAUCAGAUGAUGUUAAGAUUGAGGAUACUCCAUCCGCAUCGAAGCGUCGUUCACGAUGGGAUCUGACACCAUCACAAACUCCGAAUGUGGCAGCAGCUACUCCACUUCAUUCCGGAUUACAGACACCAUCAUUCACACCGAGCCACCCUUCACAGACUCCAAUCGGAGCAAUGACUCCAGGUGGAGCAACUCCAAUUGGAACGGCAGCAAUGGGAAUGAAAACACCAGCUCCUCAUAUGAUUCCAAUGACACCUGAACAAAUGCAAAUUUACCGAUGGGAGAAGGAAAUUGAUGACAGAAACCGUCCAUUGACUGAUGAAGAACUCGAUUCACUAUUCCCACCUGGCUACAAGGUUCUGGUUCCUCCAAUGAACUACAUUCCUCUGAGAACACCAUCACGGAAGUUGAUGGCCACUCCAACUCCAAUGGGUGGAGCUGCUGGUGGAGGAUUCUUUAUGCCUGGAACACCAGAUAGAGAUGGAAUCGGAGAGAAAGGAGUCGGUGGUCUGGUGGAUACUCAACCUAAGAAUGCAGAAUUACCACCUCUAAAGCCAGAUGAUAUGCAAUAUUUCGAUAAGUUGUUGAUGGAUGUAGAUGAGAGUCAACUCACGAAAGAAGAGAAAAAUGAACGGGAAAUUAUGGAGCAUUUAUUGAAAAUCAAAAAUGGAACCCCGCCAAUGAGAAAGAGCGGAUUGAGAAAAAUAACAGAAAACGCGCGAAAGUACGGAGCAGGUCCACUUUUCAAUCAAAUUCUUCCACUUCUCAUGUCACCAUCGCUGGAGGAUCAAGAACGGCAUUUGAUGGUAAAAGUUAUUGAUCGAAUUCUAUACAAAUUGGAUGAUCUCGUCAGACCAUAUGUGCAUAAGAUUCUUGUCGUCAUUGAGCCACUUCUUAUCGAUGAGGAUUAUUAUGCAAGAGUUGAAGGUCGUGAGAUCAUUUCCAACCUUGCAAAGGCCGCUGGAUUGGCAACAAUGAUUUCUACAAUGAGGCCUGAUAUUGAUAAUGUUGAUGAAUAUGUCCGUAAUACAACCGCUCGUGCAUUCGCUGUCGUCGCCUCAGCUCUCGGAAUUCCAGCUCUCCUCCCAUUCCUUAAAGCUGUGUGCAAAAGUAAAAAAAGUUGGCAGGCUCGGCACACGGGUAUUAAAAUUGUUCAACAAAUGGCCAUUUUGAUGGGUUGUGCAGUAUUACCACAUUUGAAAGCACUUGUUGAUAUUGUUGAAAGCGGAUUGGAUGAUGAACAGCAAAAGGUCCGAACUAUCACUGCUCUCUGCUUGGCAGCUCUCGCCGAAGCUUCAUCUCCAUACGGAAUUGAAGCUUUCGAUUCAGUGUUGAAACCUCUUUGGAAAGGUAUUCGUAUGCAUCGUGGAAAAGGUCUUGCUGCAUUCCUUAAAGCUAUUGGUUACCUGAUUCCAUUGAUGGACGCAGAAUAUGCUUCAUAUUAUACAAGAGAAGUGAUGCUCAUUUUGAUUCGCGAGUUUGCAUCGCCAGAUGAGGAAAUGAAAAAGAUUGUUUUAAAGGUUGUCAAGCAGUGUUGUGCAACAGACGGAGUAGAAGCGAGUUACAUUCGAGACGAAGUACUUCCAAGCUUCUUCAAAGCAUUCUGGAAUCAAAGAAUGGCUAUGGAUCGUCGUAACUAUCGCCAAUUGGUUGAUACAACUGUGGAAAUUGCUCAAAAAGUCGGAUGCGUUGAGAUGAUUGCUCGAAUUGUUGAUGAUUUGAAGGAUGAAAAUGAGCAAUACAGAAAAAUGGUUAUGGAAACAAUUGAGAAUAUUGUAGCGUUGCAAGGAGCGACUGAUAUUGAUGCUCGACUUGAAGAACAACUGAUUGAUGGUCUUCUUUAUGCUUUCCAGGAACAAACUCAAGAAGAUUCUGUGAUGCUUGAUGGUUUUGGAACAAUCUGCUCAAGUCUUGGACGACGUGCCAAGGCAUAUAUCCCACAAAUCUGUGGUACUAUUCUGUGGCGUCUCAACAACAAAUCUGCAAAAGUUCGUCAACAAGCUGCUGAUUUAAUUGCCAGAAUUGCACCGGUUAUGCAUAUGUGUGAAGAGGAGAAAAUGAUGGGACACAUGGGAGUAGUAUUGUAUGAGUAUUUGGGAGAAGAAUAUCCAGAAGUACUUGGAUCAAUUCUCGGUGCAUUGAAAGCAAUUUGCAAUGUUAUUGGAAUGACCAAAAUGACUCCACCAAUCAAAGAUUUGCUGCCAAGAUUGACACCAAUUUUGAAGAAUCGUCACGAGAAAGUGCAGGAGAACUGUAUCGAUUUGGUGGGAGCAAUCGCUGAUAGAGGAUCUGAAUUUGUAUCUGCAAGAGAAUGGAUGAGAAUCUGUUUCGAGCUUCUCGAAUUGCUUAAAGCUCACAAGAAAAGUAUUCGAAGAGCUGCAAUUAAUACAUUUGGAUUUAUUGCAAAAGCUAUCGGACCACAUGAUGUUCUCGCAACGUUGCUCAAUAAUUUGAAGGUCCAAGAACGCCAGCUCCGUGUGUGUACAACAGUCGCCAUUGCCAUUGUUUCGGAAACUUGUGCCCCAUUUACAGUACUUCCAGCAAUUAUGAACGAGUAUCGUGUACCUGAAAUUAAUGUACAAAACGGAGUUUUAAAAGCUCUUUCAUUCAUGUUCGAAUACAUUGGAGAAAUGGCAAAAGACUACAUUUAUGCAGUUGUUCCGCUGCUCAUUGAUGCAUUAAUGGAAAGAGAUCAAGUUCAUCGUCAGAUUGCAGUCGACGCAGUUGCUCAUCUUGCUAUUGGAGUUUAUGGAUUUGGUUGUGAAGAUGCACUUAUUCAUUUAUUGAAUUAUGUGUGGCCCAAUAUGUUGGAAAACUCACCGCAUCUUAUUCAACGAUGGGUGUUUGCAUGUGAAGGAAUGCGAGUUUCGUUGGGACCUAUUAAGGUUCUUCAAUAUUGCCUGCAAGCUCUUUGGCAUCCAGCGAGAAAAGUUCGAGAACCAGUGUGGAAGGUCUUCAACAACCUAAUUCUUGGCUCCGCAGAUGCUCUUAUUGCCGCCUAUCCACGUAUCGAGAACACCCCAACAAAUCAAUAUGUCCGCUACGAACUUGAUUAUAAUCUUUAAAUAAUUUUCUAAUUUUUGUUUUUUUUAUUUGGAUCUCGAUAACUUAUUUUUCUAUCUCCGUGUUCCCUCCCUCCUUUCAUCACAUUUUCAUAGAAAACGAAACCUUUUAUAUUUUAAUCCCAUUUCCCUCCAAAUAUUCUCUUGAAUCUAGAUUAAUCUAACAAAAUUGUUUUGGUUGUCAGUGGUUUUUUUUUGUUUUUCUAUUACUUUUCUCCAAUAUCAAUCAAUUUAUUCCCAAAAAAAAAAACAACAACAACUCUUGCGAUAGAUAUUUAAAAUGAAGACUUGUCAAAUUA